AUGAGAGAAAAAAACAACGCAGUAGAACGCAAAAGUUCAAGUUUAAUACCAAUAAAACCAUGGCAAAAACUAGUCGCGUAUCUGUUCAUGAUCUUUGCGACAGGAUGUACGUACUGGGGGUGGAACGGGAUUCAAGAAUUGCUUUACAAGGCUGGAUCCUUUGAGGAGAUGUGCAAUAACCAGGCGGACAGCACCUUCAUGGAAAUAGCAGGAAAGAAGUACAUAGACUGCGGAGAAAGGAAGAGCGGCAUCAACAACCUGUACACGAUCGCCUACUCGUCCCACUUCAUCACGUCGAUCUUCACAGGGUACCUGGUAGACUACGUGGGCCCCAAGUAUUGCUACCUGGGAGGGCAGGUCGUCAACUUCAUCAUUUGGAUCAUCAUCGGAUUUUUCCCGAAGUCGUACUGGGCACUGAGAAUCUGUUUCUUCGUCAUUGGCCUGAGCGCGGAGUCGCUGUACAUGCCACUUCUUUCAGUCUCGUACAAGUUCGAAAACAAGAGAUCCUUCGUUAUUUCGUUCAUGGGAUCGGCAAGGUCACUCUCGUUCCUGGUUCCUACGCUCAUGUCCCUGGUGUACCAGAUGGAGGCGUUUAAACCAGAGUCGCUUUACAUGGUGUGCCUCGGAUACGCAAGCAUAGCGCACAUAGGCUGUUUCAUCAUAGGGCUGCUGAUCGUGGACAAGAGGUUCGACAACAGCGAGGAGGCGAAAAAGGCCUCUGAAGAACCGAAUGGAGAAACUGUGAACUUCGAGGCGCUGAACAGCGAAGCGAAGCCCCAGAGAAAACUUCUGAGCAAACUGAAGGGCCUGAAGUCGAAGAUAAAGAAGGGCCUGAGGCACCCGCAGCUCUUCGAGUACAUCGGAGUCGUCGUGUGCUGCGCACUCUUCCUCACGUCCAUCGGCUUCGUAAACCAGUCACACAGGGAGAUGCUCGUCACGUCAGAUAAGAGAAGCGCAGUCCACGUAUACAGGUACAUCAACGUGCUCUCGUUCGUGCCGGCGCCGGUGUUCGGAAAGCUGAUUGACCUGUUCGGAGCAGGCCUGGUACUGCUGAUACUGCACAGCUGCUGCUUUAUGUACUACUUUUGUGUGUCGUUCGACGCAUUCCCAAUGAAGGUCAUCGCCUGUGUAUUCUUCUUCUUCGCAGUGUCACUGUGUAUCUCGAGCACGUACUGUUACAUCAACCAGAGGUUUCCGAGGAAGUCGUUCGGAAUACUGGUAGGAUUCACGUUCCUGAUUGCAGGCCUCACGAACCUAACAAACAUAGCGCUGUACGACCUGGGAUCGAAGAAGUGGGAAAACCUAUAUCCACUCAACUUCAGGAGGAUAGCAUACAUACUAAUGGGCUACAUGAUACUGUGUAUAAUCAGCAGCUCCUCCCUCUAUAUGUUCAGCAGAAAAAAGGUAGUUUUGCCGAAGGAUGAAAAAAGCAUAGAGGAAAUGUAA